GGUGGACGAUCAUGUCAACCUGUCCUUUCCGAAUGUAUCGGCGCAUGCCCAGCUUGGUCCUGUCCGUGGGGUGGCCGAACAACUAUUACUCCCGCGUGACAGGGAUUACUUGAAGAAGAUGAGAAGUGGUAGUGUGGCUAGUGAGCUCUUUGAUCCCGCCUUCUUGAGUUUGCAGAAAGCCGCCUUCCUCGUGGAGAGAACGGUUGCUAUGGAGGCAGAACUUAGUGAGUUGAGGGCCGAGCGGGAGAACUGGAAGGGAGAGAUGGCGGCCGUCAAGAAGACGCGUGAUGAGGCCCGUCAAGUUGUCAAGAGGUUGGAAUCAGCCAAAUUGGAGGAUGCUCGCCGGCUGGAGCGGGCUGCAGCGGACUACAAGGAUCUCGAAGCAAAGGUUGUUGCGUUGGAGCAACAAAUCCUUUAUAACAGCUGUGAGACGGAGGUUCACAUUCGGGGCGAGAUGGCCUUGGCAUACCUGGAGAACCAGCCCCCCAAGACUUGGGAUGUCCAGCCGUACGUGGAUGAAUUUAACGAGUGGAAGGCUGGCAAGGAAGAGCAAGAGGCGGAGCUAGCUAGGAACUUGGCUGAGAUGACCACUGAAAACGACCAUCCUCAGAUGGGCGAGUGACUCUCUUAGGCAGAGAAGGGAUUUUGUUAUUUGUUCGCUUGUUUUUAUUGUUUUCUUACAUUGCACUUAUUUGAGACUUGACUAUUUAGCCGACCUCCCGUGUCGGCGU